AUGCUCCGCAUUCUGACGGCUCAGGACCGCGAGAUCAAGUGGACUACACGCAAGUCCGAGAUGGAACGUCCUGUCGCCAUGGGGAAUUCCCGUAAGCUGUUUCAUCUCAUCCGGGUCACCAGUAGGAAAGCCUUAGAUGUGAGCGAAACAAUCUGCGAAGCUGACGGUUUGCCCAUUCAUAAUCAACAGCGACGCCUUGAACGCUGGGCGGAGCACUUCAAAGAACAGUUUAGCUGGCCACCAGCGUCAGCUCUUCACAAAGCUAUCCCGGCAAACGUCCCAUUGUCUGUCACAACGGAUCCGCCUUCUGAGGAGGAAAUCCGUAGGGAGAUCCAAGCCUUGGGUCGUCACAAAGCGCCGGGAACCGUUGGGCUUCCCACUGCUCUAUUUAAAGAUGGUGAAAUAAAGCUU